AUGUCUACCUUCACGGACCCCACUUUCACGAAAUAUACCAACGACCAAGCACAGAAUUAUGCCAAGCUUCGUGGCACUUAUGCAGACCCGCUAUUCAACAUUAUCAUCGAUCACCAUGCGAAAACCGGAGGCAACUUCCAAAUACUAGCAGAUGUGGGCUGCGGCCCGGGCAACGCAACCAAGCCUUUUGCCCACUCAUUUGAUCAUGCCAUCGGACUUGAUCCAGCAAUCGAGAUGAUAAAUACUGCCCAAAAACUAGGAGGUAAAACCGCAAUUGGGGAACCAAUUACUUACUGCGUCUCUGGCGCCGAGUCUAUUGCGUAUUACAUUCAAGAGAAUAUGCCAUUUAUCGAAGAAAAUGGCGGAGUAGAUAUGAUCACUGCUGCUAUGGCUGCCCAUUGGUUCAAUAUGCCAAAAUUCUGGUCAGAGGCUACUCAAAUAGUCAAGUCAGGCGGCUCGGUAGCUCUCUGGACCCAUUCAUCCCUGUUUUGCCAUCCAUCAACGCCAAAUGCCGAGCAAGUCCAGAACGCGCUUUUCUAUCUCGAACGAGAAAUUCUAGCCCCCUACGAGCUCCCAGAAAAUAGACUUUCCCGUGACUACUACGAUAACCUUGCUCUUCCAUGGACAAUAACCAACAAGGAUGUGGAAAGGGCUUUCCCCAAAUCAGGCUUCGUGCGUAUGAUAUGGGAUCGAGAUGGAGUUCUUACCGAUGGCGAGAAUUUCUUCAGUGGCUCUGAUGAAACGACCGCCAGCAAGCUCGCUGACAGUCUACAGACUGCCAGUAUGGUCACUCGUUGGAGAAAAGCUCAUCCGGAUCUGGUAGAUACGGACCAGGACUGCGUGGCAUUAGCGAUGGCGGAACUGAGAAAGGCUCUAGGGGUAAGCGAAGAUGAGGAUCCAAUGCUGAAAGUUGGAAGUGCGACAGUAUUGUUACUUUUUAAGCGAGAAUAG